AUGUCCCGCAUUGACGCGAAUGAGUUCCGAGAGGCUGGUCCUUUUCUACGAAAAACUGACCUAGAGUUGCUGGCUGCGCAAACCAUCGCGUCUGAUGGUAAAACGCGAGCAUGGGGUUCCAGACGAAAAGGAGGCUUACAUUGAGGUUGAGAUCAAGGAGCUCGACCGAGACAACGUUAUCGUUGAGACCAAAGAUAGAAGGGUGAGUGCUCCGCUCAGGGAUUUGACACUACAGUUGACUCACAGAAAAUAUUACCAUGCAUCAAGCCUUCAUUUCUUUGCAAGUGUUUAUAGAUAAAAUAAAAUACUACUAAUAAAUACAAUAUAAUCAUUUAUUUUGAUACAUCAUUAUGAAUCGUUUUUAAGAAUAAAAUGGAAUAUAGUUUGCAGUGACUGAAUAUGAUAAGACAACAUACCCAGAAUAUAUAUGACAACAGAUGCAGGCCUCCCCAUUUCACCCUUGCCCAAUGCCCCAGUCUCACAAUUGCCUCUUCCUCCUUCCUCUCCAAAACUCGACAGUCUCUUACAGUGAAAGAGGAGGACAUCCAGCAAAUUAAUAAUCUUAAAUUUGACAUGAUAGAGGACAUGGCCAUGCUGACACUCCUCAACAAGGCCUCUGUGCUCUGUAACCUGGCAGGCGCUACACCGCCUGGAUUAUCUACGUGAGUGAUCCCACAGGGGCAAUGGAGGGGUGGGACAGUUGUAGUAGCCAGAACCACAUGUCAGUCCGUUUUUAGGUCAUAUGAAAUGAGACUGUCAGUGACUGCCCCCAUCCUUCUGUUAUUGAGCAGUUGGGUCUUUUGGGGAAUAACUUGAUUCAACUUUAUGUCAGUGGUAUUGAAACUAUAGCCCAGGUGUAAUGCAAUGCAUGCUUCAACUCUCUCUCCACAGACCUACUCUGAGCUGUUCUGUGUGACAGCGAACCCAUACAAAUGGCUGCCUGUCUACACCGCCACUGUUGUCACUGCCUACAAAUGCAGGCGCCACGCCAAGGUCCCACCCCACAUCUACUCCAUCGCAGACUACGCCUAUAAUGACAUGCUGUGUAGUAAGUCACUCAGCACAAAUAAUACUCACACUCCUCCAUGUCAUCAGAAACCUGAUGCUUUCCAUUAGAAGUCAUGGCAGUGCACACAAACUCCAGACAGUAAUGGAAUAUGACGUGACUCAAGUAAAGCUUUACCAAAAUCCUUAUUAAUUGUGACGUAGUACUACUACUAUUACACAAGCCUUUCCUAACAGCUUACUCUUUAUCAUAUUUUUUAAAAAUAUUUUAGUCAUUUAGCAGAUGCUCUUAUCCAGAGCGACUUACAGUUAGUGAGUGCAUACAUUUUCAUACUGGCCCCCCAUGGGAAACGAACCCACAACCCUGGCGUUGCAAGCGCCAUGCUCUACCAACUGAGCUACAGGGGACUACAUAACUGAACAGAUCGUGAGAAUGAGUCCAUGCUCAUCAUGUAAGUAAAAACCCAAAUCCAUGUCAGAAAGCUGUGCUCUAAUUCAGGGGCGCAACUUUGGUUUUAGUAGUGGGGGGGGACAUUAAAAAAAAUAUAUAUAUAUAUAUUAUCCAUUUUAUUUUUACAUUUUUAGUUAUUUAGCAGACGCUCUUAUCCAGAGCGACUUACAGUUAGUGAAUACAUGUUUUUUUAUACUGGCCCCCCGUGGGAAUUGAACCCACAACCCUGGCAUUGCAAACGCCAUGCUCUAUCAACUGAGCUACAUCCCUGCCGGCCAUUCCCUCCCCUACCCUGGACGACGCUGGGCCAAUUGUGCGCCGCCCAUAUCCAGUCGGAUAAACACUCCAAACAGCCUACCCAACCGCUCGGAAGUGUCCUCAUGGUCCUAAAGCACACCGCUGCUUCGUUUUGUAUCACAUUCCAAUGAUAAAACUGGGGGGACAAAAAUACAAUUUCAGAAUGUGGGGGGGACAUGUGACCCCCGUCCCCAAUGAAAGUUGUGCCAAUGCUCUAAUUACUGUUACAGUACACACUCUAUAGUUUGCUGGUAUUUCACAUACUACUACUACUAAAGCAGAAGUAACAGUAAGUUACGUUGUGACGUUCGCCUUGUCACUGUAUGAGCAAUUUACAGUAUUCUAGGCCAUCCAAACACAGCCACUGUUAUAGCAUUGCUAUACAAAACAAUAUACAGUGGGGAGAACAAGUAUUUGCUACACUGCCGAUUUUGCAGGUUUUCCUACUUACAAAGCAUGUAGAGGUCUGUAAUUUUUAUCAUAGGUACACUUCAACUGUGAGAGACGGAAUCUAAAAAAAUAAUCCAGAAAAUCACAUUGUAUGAUUUUUAAGUAAUUAAUUUGCAUUUUAUUGCAUGACAUAAGUAUUUGAUAACCUACCAACCAGUAAGAAUUCCGGCUCUCACAGACCUGUUAGUUUUUCUUUAAGAAGCCCUCCUGUUCUCCACUCAUUACCUGUAUUAACUGCACCUGUUUGAACUCGUUACCUGUAUAAAAGACACCUGUCCACACACUCAAUCAAACAGACUCCAACCUCUCCACAAUGGCCAAGACCAGAGAGCUGUGUAAGGACAUCAGGGAUAAAAUUGUAGACCUGCACAAGGCUGGGAUGGGCUACAGGACAAUAGGCAAGCAGCUUGGUGAGAAGGCAACAACUGUUGGCGCAAUUAUUAGAAAAUGGAAGAAGUUCAAGAUGACGGUCAAUCACCCUCGGUCUGGGGCUCUCAGGAGAUCUCACCUCGUGGGGCAUCAAUGAUCAUGAGGAAGGUGAGGGAUCAGCCCAGAACUACACGGCAGGACCUGGUCAAUGACCUGAAGAGAGCUGGGACCACAGUCUCAAAGAAAACCAUUAGUAACACACUACGCCGUCAUGGAUUAAAAUCCUGCAGCGCACACAAGGUCCCCCUGCUCAAGCCAGCGCGUGUCCAGGCCCGUCUGAAGUUUGCCAAUGACCAUCUGGAUGAUCCAGAGGAGGAAUGAGAGAAGGUCAUGUAGUCUGAUGAGACAAAAAUAGAGGGAUGAGUACAACCCUAAGAACACCAUCCCAACCGUGAAGCAUGGAGGUGGAAACAUCAUUCUUUGGGGAUGCUUUUCUGCAAAGGGGACAGGACGACUGCACCGUAUUGAGGGGAGGAUGGAUGGGGCCAUGUAUCGCGAGAUCUUGGCCAACAACCUCCUUCCCUCAGUAAGAGCAUUGAAGAUGGGUUGUGGCUGGGUCUUCCAGCAUAACAACGACCCGAAACACAAAGCCAGGGCAACUAGUGGUCCUCUGUAGCUCAGCUGGUAGAGCACGGCGCUUGUAACGCCAAGGUAGUGGGUUCGAUCCCCAGGACCACCCAUACACAAAAAAAUAAAAUAUGUAUGCAUGCAUGACUGUAAGUCGCUUUGGAUAAAAGUGUCUGCUAAAUGGCUUAUUAUUAUUAUUUAACUAAGGAGUGGCUCCGUAAGAAGCAUCUCAAGGUCCUAGAGUGGCCUAGCCAGUCUCCAGACCUGAAAUCAAUAGAAAAUCUUUGGAGGGAGCUGAAAGUCAGUAUUGCCCAGCGACAGCCCCGAGAUCUGGAGAAGGUCUGUAUGGAGGAGUGGGCCAAAAUCCCUGCUGCUGUGUGUGCAAACCUGGUCAAGACCUACAGGAAACGUAUGAUCUCUGUAAUUGCAAACAAAGGUUUCUGUACCAAAUAUUAAGUUCUGGUUUUCUGAUGUAUCAAAUACUUAUGUCAUGCAAUAAAAUGCAAAUUAAUUACUUAAAAAUCAUACAAUGUGAUUUUCUGGAUUUUUGUUAGAUUCCGUCUCUCACAGUUGAAGUGUACCUAUGAUAAACAUUACAGACCUCUACAUGCUUUGUAAGUAGGAAAACCUGCAAAAUCGGCAGUGUAUCAAAUACUUGUUCUUCCCACAGUACCAGUCAAAAGUUUGAAAACACCUACUCAUUCCAGGGUUUUUCUUUAUUUUUUACUAUUUUCUACAUUGUAGAAUAAUAGUGAACACAUCAAAACUAUGAAAUAACACAUAUGGAAUCAUGUAGUAACCAAAAAAGUGUUAAACAAAUGAAAAUAUAUUUCAUAUUUGAGAUUCUUCAAAGUAACCACCCUUUGCCUUGAUGACAGCUUUGCACACUCUUGGCAUUCUCUCAACCAGCUUCAUGAGGUAGUCACCUGGAAUGCAUUUCAAUUAACAGGUGUGCCUUGUUAAAAGUUAAUUUGUGGAAUUUCUUUCCUUCUUAAUGCAUUUGAGCCAAUCAGUUGUGUUGUGACAAGGUAGGGGUGGUAUACAGAAGAUCGCCCUAUUUGGUAAAAGACCAAGUCCAUAUUAUGGCAAGAACAGCUCAAAUAAGCAAAGAGAAACGACAGUCCUUCAUUACUUUAAGACAUGAAUGUUAGUCAAUCCGGAAAAUCUCAAGAACUUUGAAAGUUUCUUCAAGUGCAGUCGCAAAAACCAUCAAGCGCUAUGAUGAAACUGGCUCUCAUGAGGACCGCCACAGGAAAGGAAGACCCAGAGUUACCUCUGCUGCAGAGGAUAUGUUCAUUAGAGUUAACUGUACCUCAGAUUGCAGUCCAAAUAAAUGCUUCACAGAGUUCAAGUAACAGACACACCUCAACAUCAACUCUUCAGAGGAGACUAUGUGAAUCAGGCCUUCAUGGUCGAAUUGCUGCAAAGAAACCUCUACUAAAGGACACCAAUAAGAAGAAGAGACUUGCUUGGGCCAAGAAACACGAGCAAUGGACAUUAGACCGGUGGAAAUCUGUCCUUUGGUCUGAUGAGUCCAAAUUUGAGAUUUCUGGUUCCAACCGCCGUGUCUUUGUCAGACGCAGAAUAGGUGAUGAUCUCUGCAUGUGUGGUUCCCACCAUGAAGCAUGGAGGAGGAGGUGUGAUGGUGUGGGGGUGCUUUGCUGGUGACACUGUCUGUAAUUUAUUUAGAAUUCAAGGCACACUUAACCAGCAUGGCUACCACAGCAUUCUGCAGUAAUACGCCAUCCCAUCUGGUUUGCGCUCAUUAGUUUUUCAACAGGACAAUGACCCAAAACACACCUCCAGGCUGUAUAAGGGCUAUUUGACCAAGAAGGAGAGUGAUGGAGUGCUGCAUCAGAUGACCUGGCCUCCACAAUCACCCAACCUCAACCCAAUGAGAUGGUUUGGGAUGAGUUGGACCACAGAGUGAAGGAAAAGCAGCCAACAAGUGCUCAGCAUAUGCGGGAACUCCUUCAAGACUGUUGUGAAAGCAUUCCUCAUUUGUAUUUGUAUUUAUUAUGGAUCCCCAUUACAUACAAAAUCCAUGUGUACGUGUGUGUAUAGUGCGUAUGUUAUCGUGUCUGUGCCUAUGUUUGUGUUUCUUCACAGUCCCCGCUGUUCCAUAAGAUGUUUUUAAUGUUUUUUAAAUCUAAUUUUACUACUUGCGUCAGUUACUUGAUGUGGAAUAGAGUUCUGUGUACUCAUGGCUCUAUGUAGUACUGUGCGCCUCCCAUAGUCUGUUCUGGACUUGGGGACUGUGAAGAGACCUCUGGUGGCAUGUCUUGUGGGGUAUGCAUGGGUGACCGAGCUGUGCACCAGUAGUUCAACAGACAGCUCAGUGCAUUCAACAUGUCAACACUUCUCAUAAAUACAAGUAGUGUUGAAGUGAAUCUCUCCUCCACUUUGAGCCAGGAGAGAUUGACAUGCAUAUUAUUAAUAUUAGCUCUCUGUGUACAUCAAAGGGCCAGCCGUGCUGCUCUGUUCUGAGCCAAUUGCAAUUUUCCUAAGUCCUUUUUUUGUGGCACCUGACCACACGACUGAACAGUAGUUCAGGUGUGUCAAAACUAGGGCCUGUCUUGUUGAUAGUGCUGUUAAGAAGGUAGAGCAGCGCUUUAUUAUGGACAUACUUCUCCCCAUCUUAGCUACUAUUGUAUCAAUAUGUUUUGACCAUGACAGUUUACAAUUCAGGGUUACUCCAAGCAGUUUAGUCACCUCAAGUUGCUCAAUUUCCACAUUAUUUAUUACAAGAUUUAGUUGAGGUUUAGGGUUUAGUGAAUGAUUUGUCCCAAAUACAAUGCUUUUAGUUUUAGAAAUAUUUAGGACUAACGUAUUCCUUGCCACCCACUCUGAAACUAACUGCAACUCUUUGUUAAGUGUUGCAGUCAUUUCAGUCGCUGUAGUAGCUGACAUGUUGUAUAGUGUUGAGUCAUCCACAUACAUUGACUGAUCUCAAAAGUGUUGGCUUACAAAAGCAAAAUAAGUUAUCACAGUAAAAAUAAUCAAGGGUGUUCUUUCACAUUCCUCAACACUGCAUAAACAAUAUGCAUUUCCAUAAACAAAUGAAAUAUCAGCUGAAAAUACAGCAUCUUGGUAUUUGUUCAGAUUGCAGGAUCAACAAGAGCUUUUACCACAUUUUUUGCCUCAUGGUUGAAUUGGAAAUAUGUGCACCUGAGCAUAAUUCACAACAAGCAAGCAGGAGCUUUUGAUAGAGGCUACUGAAAACAUUGAUGCAAGUUAUUGGUAAUAAGAAAUUUUUAUAGACUUCCAUAUUCUGCCCUCUUGUAUAGAUUUGUGAAAAUGAACAGUGAUAGACAUUUUGCCUGAAAACAGAAUUUGAAAAUAAUUUAUAGAUAAGGUAAACACAGCUAUCUGUAUGGCUUUGUAAAAAUGAACAACCAUAUUCUGGCCAAUUGUAUAUAUUUGUAAAUAUGAACAACCAUAUUCUGGCCAAUUGUAUAGAUUUGUAAAAAUGAACAUGAACAGAUUAUUAUUUUAUUUUUUUACUUUUUUUAAAAUGAAAAAUAACUAUUUUAAACAACAUCAACUGUGAACUGAUUUGGGCGUGUGUGUGUUAAAGAGACAGACAGGGAGGGACAAAGAGAGAGAGAGGCUACAUUACUUGUACUGAAACUGUUCUCUUCUCUCUUUCAAUGCAGCAAAGCGGUCAAUGACUUUCUCAUUGAAAUCAGGCAUGCUGAGGACUAGUUCCCUCUCCAUGGAAAGCAUGGCCAGUGCAUUCAGACGUUCCUGGCCCAUUGAAUUUCGCAGGAAUGUCUUAACUCGUGUCAAAGUUGAGAAACAUCUCUCAGCUUCAGCUGUUGUCAUGGGAGUAGUUAUGAGGAUGUUCAACAGAGUCACAGUCUCAGAGAACGUCUCCUGGAGGUUGUAGCUCAUGAGAACCUGGUACAGUGCCAGUGCACCACAGUUUGACUUUCUCGUCAUCGGCAAAAAGACCGUUCAGUCUCUUCAAAAGCACACUGGCGAUUGAGACUGAGGUUGAUUCCGAGAUGGGAAGGAACUCAAAAAAGCGCUCCUGCACUUUGUGGUUGCUAUCUAUGUACCUCAGCACAAGCACCAGCUGUGUCUGUGUAGAAACGUCCGUGGUCUCGUCAGCUUGGAUAGCUAUGAAGUUCGCCGACUUCACCUCCUCCACAAUAUGUUCCCUCAUGACCGCUAGCAUACACUCCAGUAGCUCGUUUUGAAUGGUCUUUGAUGUGAACUUCUUUCAAAGAGACAAUCGAGUUGCACUAAACGCUAGCCAUCUUGAUAGUAGUACGUGAAUUGAUUGACGCUGCUACCCGCUCUUUUCUUAGUUACGUUCAUGGUUAUGUUACGUAUGACGAAAGCGCGUAAGUGCAAGCCCUCAGAAACCCAUAGAGAUUGUAUUGAAAGCUCUGAUAUUUGAAAAAAAAAGAUUUUACAUGAGAGGCUAUGAGACACUUCUGGGCGAUUUUCAACCUGACUGAAAUCGCCCCAAAAGGGGCGGGGCCAUUUGAAGCACGACUUUAGCCUGAUUGGACAUUUAGUGGCAGAUCAGACGUCUAGAUUAGAACACUGAUAACUACUGUUGCCGUGAUAUAAUUGAUUAGAAAAAAAAUCCCUUCCUUUUCCCGUUUGGCAGUGCGUCGCCCAUAUCGCCCUAAUGAACACACCGCCCCUGAUACCACCCCUAUCUUGUCACAACACAACUGAUUGGCUCAAAUGCAUUAAGAAGGAAAGGAAUUCCACAAAUUAACUUUUAACAAGGCACACCUGUUAAUAUUAAAUGCAUUCCAGGUGCAUUCCAGGUAUAUUUUCAUUUGUUUAACACUUUUUUGGUUACUACAUGAUUCCAUAUGUGUUAUUUCAUAGUUUUGAUGUGUUCAGUAUUAUUCUACAAUGUAGAAAAUAGUACAAAUAAAGAAAAACCCUGGAAUGAGUAGGUGUGCCCAAACUUUGGCCUGGCUUUUAUUCCACUUUAUAUGCUUAUUCUGAACACCUGUCCCUUUCAUUUCAGCUCAACAGCUUUGAGCAGCUGUGCAUCAACUUCCCCAAUGGGAAACUGCAACAGUAUUUCAAUCAUUACAUGUUCAUCCUGGAGCAGGAGAAGUACAAACGGGAGGGCAUUGAGUGGACCUUCAUCGACAUCGGCCUCGACCUACAGGCUUGCAUUGACCUCAUAGAGAAGGUAUGGUGAACUACCACUUCUCAAAGACAUUACACUGACAUCCCACCUCAGAUGAGUUAUUGAACCUAAGGAUGUGUUUGCUUGCUGAUAUGUUUUAUGAUAGGAUCCUGUAUCUGUAUGCAGGCUUUGUUUUAUGUACUGUACUGUAUUUGAUUGCAUGAUGCAUCUCAGAUUCACUACAUGUAUGUUAAGUUGUUUCUCCAGCCCCUGGGGAUUAUGUCCAUCCUUGAAGAGGACUGCAUGUUCCCGAAGGCGACAGACAACAGCUUUAAAGCCAAGAUGUAUGACAACCACAUUGGAAAGUCAGCUAACUUCCAGAAGCCGCGACCCGAUAAGAAGCUCAAGUACAAGGCUAACUUUGAGCUGAUGCACUACUCUUGAGUGGUAAGUGUGUAACAAUGGUAUAAUAUUGUAUUACUUUAGAUAGUGUUAUUUGAGAUAACCUCCAUAAUGACGUCUUAGCAAAGUAAUAAUAUUUUUUCAAUUUUUACUGUUUCCUUUCGCAAUAUAACAAUACAAUUGGCACAAAGCAAUCAAAUCAAAUCCAAUGUAUUUAUAAAGCCCUUUUUACAUCAUCAGAUGUCACAAAGUGCUUAUACAGAAACCCAGCCUAAAACCCCAAACAGCAAGCAAUGCAGAAGGAGACAAACAGUACAGAAGAUAGAAAAGGAAAAAAAGUUUCAUUUUUCACCCACAACUCUCAAUAUUACUCUUUUGUUAGUAGUUAGAGCAACCUUUAGCCACAUGAGCUUCUAAAUCCAUCAAUAUCAGUGAUAUUCAGUAAAAGCAGAGCAGGGUUUGCAAGUGUUGUGUUACCCAGAGUAUCUCAUUUCUAUACCAGAAAACCAUGUGUCCUCCUAUUUUCAAUUUAGUGUGCAUAGUAAUUAUCUUGCACUGUAUAUGAAAAUAGAAACCAUUAAGACGUUAAUGGUUGACUUCAUCCUGACACUCCAGGUACCAUACAACAUCAUUGGCUGCUUGGAUAAAAACAAUGACCCGUUGAAUAAGAUGGUGGUGUUGUGCUUCCAGAAGUCCUCCAACAAGCUGCUGGCCUGCCUCUAUGAGAACUAUGUUGACUCUGACCCAAAGACUGGAGGCAAGGAGAAGAGGAAGCAGGCUGCCUCGUUCCAGAGUGUAUCACAGCUACAGAAGGUGAGAGGGACAACUUCAUCUGUUGGCAAGUUGCUCACAAAGUAAAUCAUAUAGCUAAUAUAAUCAUCAAUCAAUCAAAUUCAUUUAUAAAGCGCUUUUUACAUCAGCAGAUGUCACAAAGUGCUAUACAGAAACCCAGCCUAAAACCCCAAACAGCAAGCAAUGCAGAUGUAGAAGCACGGUGGCUAGGAAAAACUCCCUAGAAAGGUAGGAACCUAGGAAUAAACCUAGAGAGGAACCAGGCUCUGAGGGGUGGCCAGUCCUCUUCUGGCUGUGCCGGGUAGUCAUCAGGCCAGGUCAUCAGGCCAGGUAGUCCUGAUCCUAGGGCUCAGGUCCUCCGGGAGGAGAGGGAGAGAGAGAGAGAGAGCGAGAGAGAGAGAGAGAGAGAGAGAGAGAGAUAGAGCGAGAGAGAGAGAGAGAGAGAGAGAGAGAGAGAGAGAGAGAGAGAGAGAGAGAGAGAGAGAGAGAGAGAAUUAGAAGGAGCAUACUUAAAUUCACAUAGGACACCAGAUUAGACAGGAGAAUUACACCAGAUAUAACAGACUGACCCUAGCCCCCCGGCACAUAGACUAUUGCAGCAUAAACAACCAGAAAGGGCAUAGCUAGUUAGGCAAUGAUGCUGAUUCUACAUUGAGAGAUCAUGUAUCCAGUGCUGAGAAUGAGACAGUUAAGACUUGCAGUGAUGUUUAGGGAAAUUAUCACAUGAACAUCACUUUAAGUCUGUGCUGGCUCCACUCUCAUAUACAUCACAUACGGUUUCCUCCCUGAAGUCAAUGGAAGAGCUUCAGCUGUGCACAACAACUGAAGGAGUGAGGGAGAGCAUAUUUUCAUUAACUGCUGCAAGAACUCAGAUAUUGACGAGUUUAUUUAGAAAACGCUAUAUCCACAAAUCUUUCACAUUUGUGUUUUUUCAUCAGAAAUGAUUGCUUAUGGGUACCUUCAUGUGUUUGUAAAAUAUUCCUCUUCUCAGACUUUUAAUUAAUAGAUUUUAGAUGUGUAUGAAAAUGUGUUUUUUUGCAAAACGCUAUAUAUCCAUUGUUUAGCUGGAAUGGAAUGUUUGUAUCCUGUAUAUUUGACUGUGAUAUGUGGUUGUCUCACCUAGAUACAUGCACUUACUGUAAGUCGCUCUGGACAAGAGCAUCUGCUAAAUGACUAAAAUGCCAAAUGUAAAUGUUUUACGUACAGAUCUCAUACUACUGUAUUGAAUUAUGUAUCAUUUGAACAUUUCUUUAUUAAAAAUAUAGUUAAUUAUUCCAUUUGACUGUGUAACACCUAGCAGUACUACUGGUUUUUCUGAGAGGUGGCUAUAUAGCAUGUCGCUAAAAAACAUGAUUAUUUGUCUCUCUGAAACAAAACCAUCAAGUGAUAGAUUUUAAACAAAUACAUGUCUGUCAUUGAACAACCCCAUGCCAUGAUUAGAAAAAAUCUAUUUAAUAACUUAUUUAAAUAAUAAAAGCAAAUUUACAAACGUUUCUUAAAAUGGUUAUAUAGCGUUUUGGAAUGAAACUCUUCAUUUGCUGAUGUUGUAAUCAUCGAAACUACAUUGAACAACAUUCCUAUCGUCAAUGCUCACUUAGGUUUUCAUUCUUUCCGUCUGUUGUGUGCUCCUCUGUCUGCAGGAGAAUCUGAACAAGCUGAUGACUAACCUCCGCUGCACUCACUUUGUCCUUUGCCUUAUCCCCAACGAGACCAAGACUCCAGGUACAGCAUUCACCUGAGAUCCAAGGAAAUCGUAGGAACAUAUGUUAUUUACUGUAAGUGCUCCAGAGUGCGUCUUCUCCUCUCUGAUUGAUAACUCCCUCUCCCCCGGUCCUCUGCAGGGAUCAUGGAUGCCUUCAUGGUGCUGCACCAGCUUCGCUGUAACGGUGUGCUGGAGGGGAUCUGCAGGAAGGGAUUUCCAAACCGCAUCAUCUACGUAGAGUUCAAACAGUGGUGAGUGUGAUAACACACUUUCAUUCCCACAACACACACAUAAAAAUACAUUUGGAAUCAAUCAAGCAUAUACAAUACAACGUUUUUAUUUUACACACAGCCAUCGCAUCCUGAACCCACAUGCCAUCCCUGAUGAUGUGUUUGUGGACAGCAGGAAAGCAACAGAGAAACCACAACCAGUACAAGUUUGGACACACCAAGGUAGGAGGCUGAGGCUUCACGUGUGUGUUUUGUCAAUUAAUCACGUAAACACACAUUAUAUCUAUAGGCAAAUGAAGUUGUAUUUGAUCUUCCUGAUUGGGUCUGGGUGUUCUCCUCCUCUAGGUGUUAUUUAGGGCAGGUCUGCUGGGGCUGGUGGUGGAGAUGAGGGAUGAGCAUCUGGCCAAGGUCCUCACGCUGCUCCAGGCUGUCAGCUGAGGAUAGAGCUCCAGAAUGUGAUGGCCAGGAGGUAAGAGAUCAUGGCUUCAUUUGAUUUGAUAAUCUCAAGUGCUCUAGUAAAGUACCUAAAUGAAGUCAGUUGUCCUAGAGUAUUAGGGAGGUACUGUAUUAUCUCUUAGGAGUGCAGGAGUGUUGUGACAACAUAAUGGAACAAUUCCGUAACACUUCAUAGGAAUAUAAAGACAUCAGUAAAAACAAACCAACUUCUCCACCAGUUGCUUCCUCCAACAGGCUCAAUAGUAAUAUGAUCAGGUGCACCGUUUCAGUUUGUGAUAUAUUAUACCUUUGUGCACACUCCCAUGUUCUAGUAUGUGUGGAAUGCAAGGGCAAUGUUAGCAGCGCGUGUGAGGCGUGUGCUUGUCCAUGUAUGGUUACCGUGCAAAUGUGUGGCCCCCAUGUUAAUAUUGACCCCAUUCCCCCCUCGCUCACACACAUUCCUCCCUACCCCUCUCCCCUCUAUGCUCUCCCUAAAUUAAACAAUGCUGACUGUGUCCUUAGAGCCAGGUGGUGACAUGUGUCAAGUAGCAGCUGCUCGGGCCCACCCUAUAAAGACCCUGCCUGCCCCGUGGCCCCUGGCCUCUUUUGUCCCAGGCGCCUGCAGUUCUAAGUGAGCACAUAGAUGGGAUAUGUGGUGGGUGACAGAGGAUUAAAGCCUGCCGUCUGACAGAAGGCUUUAGUUUCUAAAUAAACACAAGAGACCCUCACCUUUGAGAGUGCAGUGAGCACGGAGUCACGUCUGAAAUGCAAUCAUACUCAUUCCACAGCCACCACCCAUUCACCCUGCUACCCCUGACACCCUGCCUGACCAUGGCCCUGCACUCACUCAGGCACACAUUCACAACUCUGACAGGAAGUGCCUGACCAGGUUGCAAAAAUGUAUUGUAUCUAGUUGCAUAUCUAUAGGUGUGAGACACCAUCCUUAUUUUGGAAAUCUUCAGCCUGUGGUUUUGGUUGAUCCAACACAUGAAACAUUUAGAGCUCUUUUUUCAUGAUUGAUGCCAGAUUGCAUAAUGUGUUCCUGCUUGAAUUAUAAGGGAACUCACAAUUAUGAUAGGGCUUUUUUUUCAGGUUGAAGGCUGUAUCUGUUUAUUGUUCAAACUUUAUUUUUGACCAAGGAAAAAUUUCUGGUUACAAACUCACCACAGCUUGUAAAUGACCUAAUCCGACUCAUGUGCAACCUUUAAUUCUGUCCUCUACUCACUUCCUGUUUCCAGGGAGGCUCUGAUGACCAUCCAGUGGAACAUCCAGGCUUUCAACGCGGUGAAGCACUGGCCGUGGAUGAAGCUCUUCUUCAAAAUAAAGCCUCUGUUGAAGAGUGUCGCCACAGAGAAGGAGAUGGCCAGGCUGAAGGAGGAGUUGGCCAGGCUGAAGGAGGCCCUGGAGAAGUCAGAGGCCAAACGUAAAGAGCUCAAGGAGAAGCAUGUCAGCCUGAUCCAAGAGAAGAAUGACCUCUCUCUGCAGCUGCAGGCAGUAAGUACCCACAGACUGACGGGGAUGCACGCAUUUACUACCUCCUACAGCAUGGUACCAGUAGGGCUCCAAUGUCACCUCCCAUCUCUCCCUCUCUUUCCCAUCUCCCUGCAGGAGCAGGAUAACCUGGUGGAUGCAAAGGACCACUGUGACCUCCUGAUCAAGGCUAAGAUCCAGCUGGAGACCAAGGUCAAGGAGAUGAUGGAGGGUCUGGAGGACGAGGAGGAGAUGAACGCCGGCGUGCUCGCCAAGAUGCGCAAGCUAGAGGACGUGUGCUGAGCUGAAGAAGAACAUUGAUGACCUGGAGAUCACCCUGGCCAAGGUGGAGAAAGAGAAACACGCCACCGAGAACAAGGUGAGGAGAUCAGAGGGUCACAGAGAAGGAAAGGACACUGAACCACAGUCAGUGGGUGAUGAUGUCAUAGUCAUCUUGUCCUGUAAAGCGGAAGAGAUUCGUCUUAAUUUCAGAUGACACAAACAGUUGCAACAGUGGCCCUGACUUCAUGUAAUUUAUUAAUCAGGUCAGCCUCAAAACUCCACCCAACUGAAACGUCUGAAAAAAGUAGAGAUGAGAAUGAGAUGUGCAUAGCUGAGGUCCCUCCAGGUGAAAAACCUGAUUGAGGAGAUGGCAGCUCUGGAUGAAAGGAAAAGAAGGCCCUGCAGGAGGCCCACCAGCAGACACUGGACGACCUGCAGGCUGAGGAGGACAAGGUCAACACGCUGUCCAAGGCCAAGGCCAUUUUGGAACAGCAAGUGGACGACGUGAGUUUACACACAAGCAACUAUAACUCCCAUAUCCAACCUCACUGAAAUGAAAAUAUAUAUAAAUUAAGAGGAAGUCAUUUUUGUUUCGAUACAUUGCCACAUCAUAUUGCCUGUUAUUAGAUUUCUUAGUUUUACAUUUUGUCCAGCCACCUAAACUUUGACAUUCCCCAUAAUCUUCUCCAAAACAGUAGGAAGGCUCUUUGGAGCAAAAGAAGAAGGUGCUCAUGGACCUGGAACGGGUCAAGUGCAAGCUGGAGGGGGACCUGAAGCUAUCCAUGGAGUCUGUCAUGGACCUGGAGAAUGACUAG